AUGCCGAGGGCCACGGAGCACGCAAUGCUGGGUUGCUUCCCGGUCGCCCGGCGGCCGUCCCUGUCGUACGAGGAGGGCUCCACGUCGGCGGCGUCGAUGUCGGUGAGCACGGCCUCGCCGCCGACGUCCACGGCGUCCACGUCGUCCCCGGCCUUCCUCGACGACGACGACGCGCUCUACCCGGACGACGCCGAGGCGCCCGAGCCGGACGCGGGUGGGCUGUCCACCGCCAUCGCUGCCCGCCGCUUCUUCCUCGCGACGCCCGGCCUCUCCAACUCCAUCGUCGACUCCGUCGAGCACCCGGCGGCAGCUUCCCACGCCCGGGACCGUCAUACCGCCUCCAACGUCCACGCGCUGCGGCGCGCGGCCACCUCCGCGUUCCCCGCGUCUGCCGCCGCUGCCUCGUCCUCCUCCUCCUCUUCCUCCUCGGCGUCCGCCACCAAAGCACACUUGCAUGACGACGGCACGCAGCCGGUGCGGAAGGUCUCGUUGUCCACGGACGCGCCGCGCGCCGACUUCCUCAAGUCCAUGGUGGAGAUGGUGGAGGCGCUGGAGCUGGACCCGCGACGCCGCGACGCCGACCUGGCCCGCCUGCACGAUCUGCUGCUCUGCUACAUCGCGCUCAACGAGCGCGACGCACUCAGGGACAUCCUCGGCGCGUUCGCGGACCUCAUGUGCCUCCUCGAUGUCACAACCGCUGCCGUCGUCGAUGGCGGGGAGAAGCGCAACGCCGACGAGCAGGCGGGUGCGGGUAGAUAG